UUACAUUCACAACACAAACACAAAAGCUUACUCAGCGAAUUGGUUCAGAUCCGAUACAAUAUCACAAUAUACAGAUCACCAUGAAGUUCCUCCMUAUCGCACUCACAGCACUUGUUGGCCUGACGGAAGGCCGCAAGCUCAAUGCCGCCGACUUGAACCGCCGCAUGAAGGCCGGUUUGGUCAACAAAUCCGUCCUCAUGCGUGGCGCCAAGCCCUACAACAAGGAGGCCAAGCGUAAGCUCGAAGAAGACGCUGCCUUCGAAAUCACCGGAAAGUACAGCAUCCAGUUCAACUCCUGUACUUCCAUGACCGUCCAGAGCAACGACCUCAUGGAAGACGAGAACCUCAUCGCCAUGGCCGCCAACGGUGACUUGGUCGCGGACAAGGACUACAUCAUUUUCAACGUCUGCGAGACCGACUACUGCGAAUACUACGGAGAAGACGAGAAGAUGACUUUCAUCGCCGAGGUCGGUACCUACUUCCAAGCCAUCUCCCAGUACUUGCCCACCAAGGUCCAACAGUACUGCGAGGCCUGCGAGGAAAGUUAUGACUACUGUUACGCUAUGUCCACCGGUGCCACUUACUACCCUGAGGGUUACGAACCCGAAGAAGAGGAGGCCGAAGAGGAAGAAGCCGAAGAAGAACAAGGCGAGGAAGAAGGAGAAGGCGAACAAGAGGGAGAAGAAGGAGAAGGCGAACAAGAGGGAGAAGGAGAGGAAGGUGGCGAACGUCGUCGCUUGAUCAAGAAGGCCCGCAAGCUCGCCAACAAGCGAAAGCUUGCCAACAACCAAGUCAUCAAAUUCGUUGACUGCGGCAUGUGCGCCGACUACGAAUGUCUUGACUUCCACGAGAAGACCGCCAACGCGUACUACGACGAAAACGGUGACUACGUAGAAGCCGAACUCGAUGACGCCAUGGAAUGGUUGGACGGAUUCUCGGAAUGUGCCGAGACCAACGCCUACAUGGACGACUACCAAAUCUACUCGAACCUUAUGUGUAACGCCGAUGGAACUGGUCUUGAAAUUGGUCUUUUCUUGAACGACGAAUGUACUUUGUACACACCCAAGCUUGCCUACAAGGACAUCAUGCAAGAUGCCGACACCACAUACUACAACAUGAUCUCCGAUGUUGUUGAAUUCACUUUCACCAACGAAGGAAUUGAAUGCUACAACCCCGAGGUUGUCUGGUACAACGAAGUUGACUACUACUACGAGCAAUUGGAGCGUGCCCAGAACGGAGAAGAGGAAGAGGAAGAAGAAGAGGAGGACAACGGUGAAGAACCUGAAGCCGCCGAAUGGUGCCAAGACCUCAUUGGAGAAGACUCUGCUGUCGAUCUUUACGACUGCGAUUACGAAGCUCCUGAACAAAACGAUGAUGAAGAGCAAGAUGACUACGUCAACAGCUACGAAUGGUACUCCUUCGAGCUCACCGAAGAACAAAUCGAUGACGUGAGCUCUGUAUGUGCCAUCUACACAGGUUUGGCCACUGCCGCCAAUGCUGAAUACGACGAGAAGAGUGGAUCUUACCAGAACUACAAACCUCACACUGUCUACAACGGAGAAAACGAAGGACUUUUCAACUACGAGAAGGCCUCUACCAAGUCCGGAAUGAGCGGAGGUGGCGUAUUUGGAAUCAUUCUCCUCAUCGCCGUUGUCGGAGGAGGAGCUGCUGCCUUCUUGAUGAACAAUGGAGUCAUGGGUGACAAGAAGAAGCCCCUCAUCAGCGAGGCCGAAGGAACCAUGGCAUAAAUAUUAUCCGUGGUUGAAUACCAUCGGUCUGUCCUUUGACCGAUGGCACACGCUUUGAUUUGAAUUCAAUGUUCUUAUCAAUCUAUGUUCUUGCCGCCUUUCUGGCAGAGAAACCAUUUUGUACUACACGUGAAACCUAACUUAAUCAAAAGUAUCAUACAUC